AUGGCCGUCCCCAUUGUUGGGGACAUCCUAAUGCUUUCACAAGUCUCCUGGAAGAUUGGUCGAGCAUUCAUUGCUGGUCAGAAAAGUGCACCGGCUGAGUUUCAAGAGAUUGAAACAAGGGUCAGCAGUCUAUCAAAGCAGCUGAAGCAGCUAGCCGAGGCAUUACAUGCUGAAACUGACCAUAGCCUGAUAGAGGAUGCUUCGGAACAUAUCCAGCAUGGCGUCAGGGUUAUAUUGGACUCGUGCGAGCGGACUAUCAAAGAUCUAGAGUCGCUCGUUGACCGAAACCAAGUCAUCAAGAAGCACAGAACUGUUGGUGGUUUUGCCAUUGAGCGAUCAUGGAGCGACCUGGUGUUGGCGGAGUAUGCUACCAUGACAUGGACGACAGAAGGAGGAGGUUUGCACUGCCUAAUGGACGUUCUGCAGAUGCACGCCAGCUCUAUCAAACUCCUGACACAGGCAAUCAAUAGCAAAUCACACUCGCGGAUAGAAAGUGUUGUAGGUCCAAUGGCGGAUCGCAUCGAUGGCAUAUGGCAGUCUCCAUGCAACAUCGAUGAGCAGCUAGAAGAAGUUCACCUCAUGAUGGAAACCAUGAUUUUGGCUAUUCCAACUGAACAAUCUCCGCCAAUCCCAGAUCGUCAUCCAGCCAGAUCACCAGGCACAGAAGCUCCAAAUCCGAUAAAUCAGAAUGCAUCGAGUCCACCUCGACAACAAAGAAAGAUGACAUUGCCCGCAUCCCCACAACGCACUAUAUCGCCUAAUAAUCCCGUUCCGCCUACAUCCCCUUCCUCUCUCACCGAGACCAUACCUCAUUCAAGAGUCUCAUCACCAAUCAACAAGCGAGUGUCCGAGUUUAGCUUUGGCGGAUCUUCUCUCCGCUACUCAAGUAGUAGUUAUGCUUCAUCGACAGCUAGUUCUGGCCGAGAAGUUCGUGAUCACAUGGGUGGUGGCGCCAUAUCACUGCUGCCCCCUCCCGCCUUAGGAUAUACUGCACAGUUGGACGUUGAGCGACCAACGUCACGGCCUACAGUGCCGGCAGACCUUGGAAAGUUGCAUCGAAGCUCUACGACCACGAGCCAGAAGGCGGCUUUCGAGAAGGAAGCCUUCCGUAAUUCAGCUGUUCUAUGUGAUGUCCGUGGCAAAUUAGCCCAGUAUUCCCACCAAAUUAACGAAGACGACCCAAGAGACGUCGAAAUGAUCCCAGUCUGUGAAGACUGUCGAAUAGCAGUGGUCCGAAAACGAGUCCACGACCCUGAGACCCGAGCCGUGCGAGUUGUCACAUCCAUCUGGGUAUUCAGUGAUGAUAACACUGUUCGUAUGGAGCUCAGGAUGGACGACGAGCAGAUGUACAUCCCAUACUCGAGUUACUUUUCUCCUACCAAAGUAUCGAUUACUGUGCCCUGUGAGCUAAAGUUCCACGACGUCAAACACGGAAGCAGACCCGCGAAGCUUGCUAGGACAACUUGGGUAAAUUACGUCUUCCAGACACGUGAUGCUGCUGCGCUUUUUCAGAAUGAACUGAUGGGACGUACGCUCCUCGCCACAUUCCGAACCGAGAAGACCAUGCGCAUCCACGAAGGCAUCGGCAAAUCUUUCUCCUACGCUGAACAGAUGUGUGGCCUCGAAAACCUCCGCGUAUGGGAGGACAACGACACCGGCGCAAUUAUUGCCCUCAUUCACUUCUCUGCCGACUUCCGUGACGGGUAUCUUGCAUUCUACCUCAACUCAUCUGGUAAUCCGAUCAAGGUCAAAGACGAAGGGAACCGAGAGGUCAAGAUCAAAGGCCUGAGAGUGCCGCUGGAAAGAGGCGAUAAAGCUAUGCGGAAAGACAGUGUUGUCGCUGGAAGUGGUAAAGACAAAGGCAAGGGUAAGGAGGACGCAAAGAAAAUUGAAAAGGAAAAGGUGAUUAGUGGGGCAAAGAUUGAAUUUGCGACAGAAAUGGAGAAGCAGGAGUUCGUGGAGAUGUGUAAGGAAUUGCAGCGAGACUCGAUUGAGCUGCCGGAUCUGCUAGGAGUGAAUUGA